UAGUGAGGUGCAGAGGUGCAACUCCCUCUGUACAGAAUACUCCUCAUGCUACAGGAGGUCCUUUCUUUGCUGGGAGCAGGGGGACAGAAGUCAAGUUAAGGGGAAGAAGAACCAUGGAAACGGCUGCUCAUCAGAACGUGGAGUUCGUAAGAACAGGUUAUGGUAAGAACGCCGUGAGGGUCUUGUUCAUCAGGAGACAUGGGCGCCACCACUACAUCGUGGAGCUGAAAGCUAACGUGGAGAUCACCCUCAAUUCCCGCAAGGACUAUUUGUCCGGAGACAACUCGGACAUCAUUCCCACCGACACCAUCAAGAACACCGUCCACGCUCUGGCCAAAAUCAAAGGCGUGAAAACCAUCGAACAGUUUUCCCUGGACAUCUGUCAUCACUUCCUCACCUCUUUCAGCCACGUGCUGAAGGCCAAGGUUUACAUAGAGGAAGCUCCAUGGAGGAGGUUGGAGAAGAACGGUGUGCAGCAUGUUCAUGCGUUCAUCUACAGCCCAGAAGCUUGUCGUUUCUGUGAUGUUGAACAGAACCUCCAUGGCACUCCAGUGCUUCACAGCGGGGUGAAGGACAUGAAGGUGCUGAAAACCACCCAGUCUGGGUUUGAGAAUUUCUUCCGAGACCGCUUCACAACACUGCAGGACGCCAAGGACAGGUGUUUCUGCACCACCGUCUAUUCUAGGUGGCGCUACAACAAGGUUCAUGGCAUUGACUUUGACGCUGCAUGGAAGUGUGUGAAGGAGACAAUAAUCGAGAAGUUUGCCGGCCCCUACGACCGUGGAGAGUACUCACCAUCUGUGCAGAAGACUCUUUAUGAAACACAAGUUCUGGUUCUGGAGAGAAUUCCUGAGGUGGAAGAGAUAGAGAUAGUCAUGCCCAACCAGCAUUACUUCACCAUAGACAUGACAAAAAUGGGUCUUGCCAACAAUGAUGAGGUGCUUCUUCCCCUUGAUAAUCCCUCCGGAAACAUCACAGGAACAGUGUGUCGGAAACAGCGAGCUCGACUUUGAAAGCAACGCCACAACAUGACAGCGUUAACCCUACAGCAUUUUAAAUAAAAAGAUAAUUUCAUAUAUGGUUAAUUAAAUUCUGAAAACUAUGAUUUGCCAAACAUAAUUUACGCUGUCUUUGUGAAUAUGUGAGGCCCUCAAGCAAAGCCUAAAAUUAUUAAAACACACAUUAUUGGCUUGUCUAUAGUUCAAUAUUCAUUAUAGUUGCUUGAUUUUAUUUCGGUCUAGAACUGCAGCCAUCUCUGACUUGUAGAUUUUUUUCUAAUGAUCUGACAAAGAAUAAAAUGAAGUGAAACUACUGUGAAUAAAGUCAAACUCACAUUC